CUUCCGACCUUCCCGACAAGCAACCGGGGGGUUCCACGAUCACGUGCAGUACAUACUGUAAGUAGGUGUGACAGUUGAUGGCUGGGGUGUGUAGGCCUCGUACUUUCGCACGGAGCACAGGCAGGAGAACGACAGCAAGGCAGGAACAUCGGCACGCCCCGUGGAGAUUAAGUGGAAGAAUAGAUCCCCAGCACCGCAUGCUUUGACAGUGCAGCCGUUGAGAUGACGGAGUCACGGGUGGAGGACGAAGCGGCGGUGAAGAUGCGCAGAAUGGACCUCAACUACAUGCAUCGGCCGCCCAGGAUCGUCCCGAACUACGGCAAGAAGAGCCUGAGCGUGCUGCCCAAGUCCAGCGUGUCUCGCGUGCUGCUGUAUGACAACGUGACUCAGCAACAGAUGCUGGAUGUCAAGCUGUCUCACAUCAAAACCGAGCAACAGAAGACAACUCGUCUGCUCGAUCUACACCGGAAGUCAUUUCUCAUAAGACGGUUAAUGAAGCAACAACAUGCGCAGGACCACAAGACGACGACUCCUGGUGUUCUUGACUAUCUGUUACCAAUCUUAUUAGCAGGGGAAGACAAUCCUGGCAGGGACAGUAGCUCACCUAGACACCCUAAGUUUGUCCACAGCAGUGCUGGAGAAUACACGUAUCGAGACGAGGAUCUGAAGCUUCCUGACAUUGCGGUCAGAAGGAGUGGUAGGGUGACAUUCAAGGGGAGCAAUGGCGGCGUCACCCGCAUCAUGCACACGAUGAACACGGGGGGUGAACAGAGUAACAGUGGUCAGAUGUGGGCUAAGCGAAGGACAGUUCUAGACAAGCGCUUCCAGGGCCUUGAGAGUCUCCUUGUCCGACUGGAUGAUCCUGGCAACGGUUAUAUCGAGCUGAGCCCAAGUUAUCACAGGGAGACAAGUCAGGCUCCUCCCAGCCUGUCAGCCCUGAGAACCACCGUGCAGACAGGCAGUGCACACACAGCCGAGGGCUGAUGCGCGGCAACAGCGACAGUGUCCCGGUGACAUCUCGGUGAUAUCGGACGUUAAAACGUGUGUCUGUGAUAGAAGCCAUCCUUCAUGUCUUAAAUCUAUGGCAUAGACUUUAUAAAGUAAUGUUUACGUUAUAAUACAUUAACUUACAACGACAGAAUGGUGGCGGAGACGACGGUCCAGGUGAAAUGCACACCGUGACACCACCCUGCCCUGUGUCGUGGACACGGUGACAGGGAACCUUCCAUCUGUCAGUAUAUCUGAGUCAGCUUCUGAAGCAGUAGUUUCUAAUGUAUAUAGAUCGGCACACCGUGACAUUAAUAGACAUAACUCUGUCGUGCACGUGAAAUGAGGAACAUAUUUCCAUGGAUAUACAGUUCCGACGUAUAUAUCCAACACCGCGAACUGAUCUGCACUACCUAAUAUCUGUAUACUCUUAGUCUGCGAUGUACAAAUACACGUAAUAAUAGGCUGUAUGAAGCGGUAGUAAAAUGUUUCAAGUGACGUUGGUUGGAAACACAGGCAAAUAUUUCCGUCCAACAGGUGGUCACUAUUUUGGUCAGGUGGAGUAAAUGUAUGUACAGAUAAAGUACAGUAAAUUAUACAGUUUAUAGAGCCGCGAAACUCGAGCUUCGUGAAACCUGUACAUUUCAGCAUGAUAGGCCUUACACAACAAACACUGCACGAGCUGUACAAUCUGUAUGAAGUCGUGCAGUCUGUUUCGAAUGUAAAUAGUGGAGUUUGUGCGAUCUGCAGCGUACAGGUAGUGGAACUCGAGUAUUUGCCUGUGCUCUGAGAUAGAUAAAGAAUGUGUGCCAGUACUUUAAACUUACUGUCGAGAGAACAAAGAACCUCGCCCUUUGUUCUCGCGACAAUACGUUCAUAUCUCGAUAAAGUGCUGGUACUCGAUCCUCUAUCUACGUACACUAAAUAGCAGACCAGAUAAUGGUGUGUGUAUUGGUGUUUGAAAGGGCGAAACAUUCAACAGCUAAUGCUUCUAAAAAACAACCUGAUGACUGCAACAGAUAACAACGUUUAACACAUAACCGAACCUCUUCCGGUGCCUAUUAUACAUCUACAUUAUGUCUACGUUAUUAUUAUUCUCCUCAAUAAUUGAACUUAUAAAAUUCCAUUGUAGCCA